CAGUUUGUGAAGACAGUACAUGUUGGAAUUUGGAAAAGCAAGGCGAAGGAAGUGAGGGAAAGUUUAUCCACCAUCAAGGCGCCGUAUUUGCGCUUUAAAUGUACCAUCAAAAACAUCAAUGAGUAAUCCAGAUAACACCGCUGAAGAGCAAGCUCCUGUGAAGCCCGAUCGGGAAGGUAGGAGCAAAAAAACACGACUUGAAAGUCGUUAAUUGUGCCACCAGUAAUUCACAUGCCACCAUUUUGUGUCUUCGUGGCCAGUCGCUUGAUGCCAUUUGUUUCGCUAAGGAACCGUUGUACAAAGUCAAUCAUAAACAUAUUUUAUUUUUAAGUUUAUUUGCUUGCUUUACGUUCAAAAUCUGACGUGAUUUAACCGUUUUUUGUCUGCAAUUUCAGAUUUGAACGAAGACGACUGUCACGACUCCAGCCUGGGCGAGAAAGUCACGGGAAAGGUGAAAUGGUUCAAUGUUAGAAACGGCUAUGGUUUUAUAAACAGGUAUUGUUGUUUCCUGCUUGGGAAAUUUAUUAAAAUAACUCGUUUUCCUGCGUAAAAUCAACGUAGAUUGCCCACGUGCGUACGUGUUUUUUGGCAAUUUAAAUAUUUGUAAAACUCUACUUAAAUUUCAUGGCUCCCGAAUUGAAGUACAAUACAUUUGAAUUCGUUCUUUAAAUUUGCUUGUUUUCUUUCCCGAUUCUUUUAGGGACGACAACAACGAAGACGUAUUCGUCCAUCAGGUAAAAGUUUGCAAAAAAUAGGGCGAUCGGAGGGGGAGAAUUGAAAAGUUUUCGGUUGAGAAAAUUUUGAGUUGCGAAUGCAAAUGAUUGCACGCGCCAUGAUUCACUUGCGAAAUUUUUCAAAUGGCGUUGUUGAUUUCGUGUUGUUCACGCGAUCAAAGGCAAAGCGGGAAAUGAAACUAUUUCGAAAUAAAUGCGUUUGACCCGUUCGGGCAUGUGCUGCUGUCCCUGUUUUGUGUGGAAGGCCGCAAGGGGAUGCCUGCGUAAAAAAUGUAUUAUUUAACGGAAGUGGUUAUCGAUUUCAAGAAUUUUGGGGGAUUUGUUGACCUUGGCCAUUUAUAUUCAAUUGACUGAGAAAGUUGAUACAAGAUCAAGUACUCUUUAAUAGAUUUUUUCAAGAACUAAAUAUUUAAAUUUUAAACCAAAGGUUGCAAUUGUAUGAACAUGUUGCUUUCAUCUAUAUGUUGCAAAAUUUGUUAAAAGUCUGUUCAAUAGGUGGGUUUCACUUUACACAUAUUACUGCUUUAUGCAUUGUGAAAGCAAGUAAAUUUUGUUAAAUUGAAAAUAUUUGAUACCAAACAGAAGAUCAAUAUUUAUAAUGAAUAUUUAACUCGAUUCAAUAAAUGCGUUUCCAUUUGGAGUUGACCACCAAACACUAAACCUAUUACGUGACUGAAACCCAGCUAUAGGUUUCAAAAUAAGCAAUUUACAGUUGAUAUCAACAAAUUUUUCACAACUAAAAUGUUCUGAAAUUUGUUCAGAACUUUGCAAAUUUGUCAAGUUCAAAAGUCCAACAUCGAAGUUUAGAAGCUAGUUCGUGAACUGAGCAUUUUGCGUGCUGUUUUCUAGUAGCCAAUCAGAUGAUUAGUUUACAAACUGGUCAAUGGUGAAUUAUUUCAUUGUUGCUACAAAUUUGUAAAAUUCAGAAUGUUGAAAUUACACAUUACCAUACCAAGUACUCAUAUACAUAUACCAUCAAAAACAUCAAGUACAAAAGUCAUCAUUGAUCUUGUUCUACUUGCAUACAGUACACUGUCAUAAAAUACCCUCUAAGCCAUUGUUCAGAUGUGUAGUUCCAAAAAUCAUGUUUUAAGUUUUAUGCCUACAAGAUUUAUGACUAUAAAAUCUAUGACUACAAAAUGUUUUCUUUUGUGGGCGAUUAAUCAUUAGAAAUACGGUGGGACUGUUAAUUUUUCUUGCAUGAACAAACUUUGUUUGUGAAAUUUAUAUAAAACCUUCCAAGCACAAUUUUCUCAAUUUUGAUGUGCUAUUAUCUGUGUGAUACUUUAGACUGCGAUCAUAAAGAACAACCCCAAGAAGUAUUUGCGAAGUGUCGGGGAUAAUGAGUUGGUUGAGUUCAAUGUUGUCGAAGGGAUAAAGGUUGGUACUGCAUGACGCAACACUUGUCCUUUGUCGGUCGUUAUUAUGAGAUAUACAGGGUACGCACAUUUUUAUAUCCGAAAUGUACAGGUUAAACAUGUUAUCUGGUUUGCAUUAUUUUAGGGUAAAGAAGCAAAAAAUGUGACCGGACCCAAUGGCACUGCUGUACAGGGAAGCAAAUAUGCUCGUAAGUUUUAGUCGAACUCAAUCUGUUCUGAACUGUACUCCUUAGAAGUCAAGUAAGGAUCAUCCCUUAAGCCUGCCCAGAGCCUGAAAUAACGGCCGGCGGUUUUCCGACCAAAUUCCGAUUUUUCCGACCAAAUGCUGAAAUGAUUGGAAAUUUUGUCCGGCCAAAUUUUGAGAAAAAGAAAAAUGUUUUCUUAAUGAUAGGGUCGGCGCUCAGCACAGUGAGUAACAUCUGUAAGUUUGGAUUAUCUAUAUUAGGCUAAUAUAAAGUAAUCAACUGGAAAGUAUAGUUCACGAGCCCAAUAAACAAGAUGGUGGUUUACAGCGUGGUGUUGUCGGGUCAAGAUAAAAACAGCAUCGGCGGGCGUGAUUAAAUUAUUAUUCACUAUAACUAUUCCAAUAAGCAAUUCAGAAUUAAACAUUUGUGUUUUAUUAUUGCAAGUAGAGUGAUUUACUCAGUGCACGUCUGCAUGCUUGACAGAGUUUGUUCAAACUAAACUAAAAAAAUUCCGGUCAAUUUUGCAAAUUUCCGGUCAAAUUUCGUUUUGAUCGGAAGUUUUUCCGGACAAAUUUUAAAAUUAUUUCAGGCUCUGCCUGCCACACACAAGAGAAACUUACUGAGCUAACUGCCUCGCGUGGCAGCUAUCUCACUGCAGGUUUCUCUUGUGUGCCAGGCCUGGCCGUAAGUAUUUGGGCAGACGCGCGGCGUAUCACGCACCAUAUUAACGUCAGGUGCGCGAUUAAAAAAGCGGUAAAAAUUACGCUUUUUGGCUAUACAGACAAGAAUAACAUUCACAAAAAUGAUUGAAAAUUUAUGUAGAACAAAACAAUUUUACCAUUGGAAUUUAGAUGAAAUUAGUAUAGGCACUAUAAAAUGUGUGUACCGGUGAAUAUGUGUAUUUACGAUACAUCAUACUUAAACAUCAAUAAAAAUCUCAACAUUGCUUUCCGACUAGCUUGACGAAUCAUCGUUAUCGUCAAUGGUUAUGGUGUCGUUCUCAAUUCUACACUUUUUUAACAGAAUUUCUUCACCACGGUGUUGCUGUCAUGUUUGACUUUGCAUCUUUUUCUCCCGUUGUGAAAUUCUAAUGCACGUUGAAGAUUCUCCUUAUGCUCCUUCGCCGACCAGCAUGCAGUUAUUUCAUUUUAUCAGCAUUUCAUUUUAUCAGCAUUAAAUCAGUCAUUCUUUUAUAACUAGUCUAAAUGGCCAGGAUUUAUUCUGGCAAAAAUUCAUUUAGAAUAAAAAAAACAGAUGCGCGAUUUUGUACUCUUAAAACAAACAAGGCGCGUGUUAAAAGGCGCGUCUCGAGGACGCCCUUAUUAUCCCUCACAUGGAUAAUAAAAUAGAUUUUUACAAUCCAUGCUCGCAUGUACGAUCAUUUCCAACUACAAAAUCUCCUAACUGUUGAUUCCGUCGCGCGCCUCAAACGUCUAGGCCUGGUGUGCGGAUAGUUUUUGUAAGGAUUUGACCUCUUGAGGAAAAUAUCUAUUGUGUUUGAUAUUUUAAAUUACCUUGCGAGAAAAAAUCUCAAAGCCUGUGGCUGUUGCAAGCUUAGUGCUGAGCUGCUUGAAUCAAUUAGCCGAUGAGAAACCAUAAUUUCUUCAUGUGACUUUGAACAAAAUGGAGGAAAAUGCAAACAAUAAUGUCAAGUAUGUUGUUGUUAAGUAGUUUUCCCAAUGUGUGUGGUGAAAAUGUGUAGCUGAGCUAGCCGCCAUGCGAGGUGGUUAGCUCAGCAAGUUUCUCUUGUGUGCGGCAGGCUUUAUUGAUUCAGUGUUUCUAAAGGAAAGAAUCACAGUGCAUGAAAAUCUGCGGUAUCUAGAGUCAAAGCACUUUUUUGAAACGAAAUGAGAUGAAAUUAAAAUCAAACAACUCAAAUUAUGGGAAUUUAAACCAUGUCACAAUGUGAAAGGUACAUGAACCAGCCACUGUGCAACCCCUAACAAGUUGUUUGCACUUAUUUUUCAGCUGAUAGAAGAUCCAGGUUUAACCGCCGCAGAAACUUCAGACCUUGGCAGAGACGGCCUCGUCCUGUAAACACCGAUGGCGAAGGUGGCAAUGAGGGUGAUCAAGAGGAAAGAGAUGACGGCAACCCACCUCCCAGGAACCGCCGACGAUACAACCGACGUCGAUACUAUCCACGUAGAAAUCAAACAGAUGAUAGUGCCCCUGAUAGAUCGGGAAAUGAAACUCAACCCGACAACGAACAGAAGGAAGAGCAGGAUAGACGACCACCACCACGGCGAAAUAGACGCAGACCUCGGUAAGGCAUUUGGAUAGAUAGACUAUGAUAGAUGAGUGCACUUUAGAUGAUCUAAAGGUUUAUUGGUGCUUAAGGAAUAGAUUAUUUGUGAAGGGCUAAUUCUUUCAUAUUUUGCCAGACGUCCACGUACAGAUGAUCCUCAAAGUGAUGGCCAAGUAGCGAGUGAUGCUCCACAUAGCGAUGCCCCACCUGGGGACCACCCUCCUCGUGACGAACAAGACGAUGGUCAGCGAAACGACGAACCUCGUCAGAAUGGCCCUCGGAACUAUCGACCUCGGCAAAACCGCAGGAGAUACAACCGCCAAGCACCUAGUGACGCUCCACAUAGCGAUGGCCCACCAGGCGACCACCCUCCUGGUGACGAACAAGGCGAUGGUCAGCAAAACGACGAGCCUCGUCAGAAUGGCCCUCGGAACUAUCGACCUCGGCAAAACCGCAGGAGAUACAACCGUCCUCGACGACCACCACAGGACGGAGAGGAGGAUGGUCAGGACCGUAGGAGCCCACAGGAUGGUGAGAGGGAUGGCAUUGAUAAUGAAGAACCACAUGACCGAGACCAUGAAAAUGAGGAACAAAAGGUGGGUGUAGCUGUUUCGGUUGACAAGAGUGCAUGGAAGUUGAGGAGGUUGCAACAUUCAUCAACUCGGAAUUCAAAAUUGUAUAUUCACAAUCUCUAAAUUUCUACUAGGACGGCCAACGCGACCGUCCGCGCCGCAGACGACCACAACAGCGACGAAGAAGAUAUCGUGGACCAAGACAGGAUGGUGUUGAUGGUGGUGGAGAACGUGGUGGAGAACGUGGUGGAGAACGUGGUGGAGAACGUGGUAAAGAACAACCUGAGGUAAGAAUAUAGGCGGGGGCAUGUCUGCUAGGGAGGCCCCUUUUCCAUUUGGACAUAGUUGUGUUGACCUGGCAUGUCAGGGUUGGUGAUGUAAUAUGGCUGUCAAUAUAGAGGUUCAGAUUGGAGUUCCACUACCUCUACCUGGCUCAGUACGCAUCUGAUUGGUUAAUCGAAUAUAUCAAACGCAUCUCAUUGGUCGAUGAUCCCUUAACGGUAGCGGUAGCAGCAGUGGAAGUCAAAUCUGAACCUCUGGAAUAUAUUUUUGGAAUCAGUAAAAGUAGUAAAAGCAAACAUUCAAACCCCGACAAGACAACUGUCGGGAACACGGGUUGUGUUUGGUAGCGUGUUAAGCCCCACACAAACCGGACGCGAUUCGGCAACGCGACGCGAAUUUUCAGUUUUCAAAAACAAAUAAAACUGCCAACGGGUAAAAGUUUUCCAAGAUAUGCAGACCAAAUAGCUAAAAUUGCUUAAGUGGUCCCGAAUAUUUGAAAAACACUGAAAACUAUUAAAGUUAAAUGUCAUUGAAAACUGAAAAUUCGCGUCGCGUUUCCAAAUCGCGUCUGGUCUGUAUAGGCCUUUAUACAGUUUGGUUCUUUCUUCUGUAAUGUGUGGUGUAGGCAAGUUACUGUUUUAAUACUGAUUGAAGAAAUAUAAUAUCAACACUCCACUAGGCAUUACGUGACCACAUGUAUGACUCCCAAACUAAUUCGGCUCCCAGGCUUGCUUCGCACUGUGGCCUAAUUGUUUUUGUUUUCUCUUCGUAGGAAUCUGCCCCUCCGCGGGAGAAUGGGCCACCAGAGGAACGUGCCUCUCCCGAGAUUGUUGCAAGUUGAAACACCAAGUCGUACCGCCCACGCACACAUAUGGCUCCGUAUUUUUCUAUUUUUGACACGUUCGCGCUUUAAAACACCUUAAUUUAUAUCUCUAGAGUUCUGUUCACCGACUGUGUACUUACGAGUUGUUGUGAUAUAGCGACGAAAAUCGUUGCAAUUUGAGUAUCUAGGUCGGAGAACUUUGUUGUUUGUAUAAUGUAUAUUUGUGGCAAACGUAGUAUAUGCUAAUUAAUUCACCUGUAAUUAUAUGAGAGGCCUGUGGGCGGUACGGAAUAAAAAUUUGUUAAAAAGACGUUGUCGUUUGUAUUUAUAUACAUUGUGAACGGGUCAAUCCUAUACAUUGUGAACGGGUC